UAAGAAGCCCUGUCAUUCGAGUUUCCAUGGCUGAAUUCACUGCAGAUUUGCAAAGCUUCCGACCCUCUUUUCCUGUCUUGGAUGUUGAUCCAAACAUGGAGAAUCUUAGUGUGCUGACAACUUCAGACAUGGAUUUUCAGAGCUUCAUGUCUUUCUCCAAUGACAAAUUCUUUUGCCAUCAACCACCGGAAUUCACAGGAAACUACUUUGUGGAAAAUUUUCCCGGCACUGUGCAUCAGUUCAACCAGAAUGCGGCGCCUGUUGUUGCUCAGCCCACAGACGUUGUAGCUGGAAAUGAAUUCCAUGAAAGUAGGAAAAGAACAGCAAUGGACGACAAGCCUGAGAACAGCUCUGGAACCUCAAGUCCCCCAGUUUCGGAAUCUGCGACUAGAAGCAAAAAUAGUUCAGGAAGAGGGAAGCGACUCAAAAGCAAUGAGAAGGAAGAAGAGAAACUAAAGGAAGUGGUUCACGUUAGAGCCAGAAGAGGCCAAGCUACUGACAGUCACAGUUUAGCAGAAAGGGUUAGAAGAGGAAAGAUUAACGAGAGACUCAGAUGCUUGCAGGACAUUGUCCCAGGAUGCUAUAAGAGCAUGGGGAUGGCAGUAAUGCUAGACGAGAUAAUUAAUUAUGUGCAGUCCCUUCAAAAUCAGGUCGAGUUCCUUUCUAUGAAGCUCACUGCCGCGAGCUCUUUUUAUGACUUUAACUCAGAGACAGAUGAAUUAGAAACAAUGCAGAGGGCCAAGGCAUACGAGGCAAAAGAGUUGGAGAGAUUGAUGAAAGAAGCGUAUGGAGGAGUCGAUUGCUUCCACUCCACUUGGUCCCUUUGACUUCACUUUUGGAUGUUACUCAUUGCCAUACAACAUGAAGAUAUCUUUUCCCAAUUUAAAAAUUAUACUUGUUACCACUACAUGCCAUAUAUAAAGGCACUAGUGGAUAUAUUCAUACUUGUACAAGCUCUCUCGCAUUUUGGGAAAUUCAAUUGAGAUAUCA